AUGGGCGAAGGCGACUCCUUCCUGCACCUGGCGCGGCCACUGGCACCCGCGGCCAUUUCGACCCAGCAGUCCACCGCACCCAUCACCGUCAACAUUCAGGCGCAAGCUCUUUUCUCCAUCCUCGACCACGCAUCUCGCCGGCCGGCCGACCAGGAGCGCGUUAUUGGCACUCUGCUCGGCGUGCGAUCUGAAGACGGAACCGAAGUCGACAUUCGCAACUGCUAUGCCGUGCCCCACACCGAGACAGCGGAGCAGGUGGAAGUGGACAUGGACUAUCAAAAGCGCAUGCUCGAAUUGCACCUGAAGGCUUCUCCCAAGGAGGUGCUGAUCGGCUGGUAUGCCACAUCCUCGGAGCUCAACACAUUCUCUGCCCUCAUCCAGAACUUCUACGGCCAGCAAGGCGAAGGAACCUUCCCACACCCCGCUGUGCACCUCACACUAUCUACCCUGGCCGGCAAGUCAGUCGACGCCCAGACGUACAUCUCCGCGCCCAUUGGUGUCACGGCAGAGCGUGCUGCGGACUCGUGCCUCUUCAUUCCUGUGCCAUACGAGAUCAAGUACGGCGAUGCUGAGAAGAGCGGAUUGGAACUCAUUGCUGGCGCACGGGAUCGCGAGGACCGAACACAGGCGGUGACAACCGAUAUCGACAACCUGGAGCGUACAAUUGAGCAGGUAUUGGACAUGCUUGAGCGCGUGAGCACCUACGUCGGAAAUGUGUUGGAUGAAGAGGCCGAGCCAAGUUCCGCUCUGGGACAAUACCUGAUGAACACCCUGAGCUUAGCACCGAAGGUUGAUKCGGAGGAUAUCGAGAAUAGCUUCAACAACCACAUCCAGGACGUGCUUAUGGUGUCAUACCUGACCAACACAAUCAAGACGCAAAUCGACCUCUCUAACAGACUCGCGACUGCAGCUCUGACCAUGGGCCCCGACAGUGUAGGCGYCAAGGACCAGUCAGGCGGUGCAGGCAAGGACGGCGCAAAGGAAGGUGGUGACGGCGAGCGUGAAGGCGGUGGAGGCCGAGGAGGCAGAUCGAAUAACCGCGGCCGAGGGGGUCGGCGGGGCGGGGAGUAG